AUGAGCAAACAAUGGAUCACGGUUAGGAUCAAACAAAAGGGCGAGUGUAAAUGUAUCCCAUGGAGGAAUUUGCGAUACUUGAUCCUAGCACAUCCUGAUGGGAAAAAGAAAGUUGAUGUGUUUGCUUUGAGUAUCUACGAGUUAGUGAUUUUCCCUAGAGCAUUGGGGCAUGUUGACGAAGCAGUUUCAGAUCUCUUUGAUUGGUUGGGUAAAGGGGUCACGCCUGUUCCUGUGAUUUUGGCUGAAACGUUUAGAUAUUUGAAUGCAUGUAGGCGAGCUGGUGAAGACAAAUUUAUAGGUUGUGCGCAAUUGUUGAUAGCUUGGUUCUAUAUUCAUUUCUGGAAAGUCUACAAAGUUUCGUAUCAGGUUUUUUCUGGGCAUUACUCCCCAUUAAAAGAGAUAGUGGCUACGCCAAGAAGGGACGACAUAUCAGAAGAAAAUUGGAUAGCAAUUCUGCAAAAUCUUCAAGAGGAUUAUGUGGAGUGGAGAGCUCAUUGGUUGAUUCCUGAUGGAAUUCUCUACCGUUGUAGAAGCUUUGACUGGGUUCUGUUGCUUGGGAUUUGGGGAGCCGUCGGGUAUGCACCUUUGCUGGUCCUAAGGCAAUACAAUUCAAGACAGUUUGUGCCGGCAACAUAUGAUUUAGCUCAAUGUGAGUUCUCGUACCGAGGAGACAAUUACAAGAAAAAGGUGAAAGAAAUUUCUCAGGCUUGGAAUCAGGUUCAUAGGAUGAAAAGGCUAGCUGUGGGUUCGAUGACAACUCCAGAGUACGGUGAGUGGCGAGGUAAAAGAAUUAAUGAUAAUAUUUCGGAGUUAAACUUGGAGGGUGUUCGACCAAUGGAAGAGUACCUACAAGUGAUCCCAUCAGAGUUGGAGAUUAUAAAACAAGAUUUCGAAAAGAGGAAUUUAGAACUUGAAAAGAAAAUAGAGCGGGUGGAAGAAGAGAAGAUGCAUUUGAGGCUAGACGUUGACGUCCAAAAGUUAGAAGAUGAAAAAUUCAAGAAAUGGAAGAAUAAAGUAGAGGAGGAUCUGGAUAGCUUAAAGACGGACUACAAAAAGCUACGAGUAUCAAUGAGAACUGCUGGGUUGGGAAAGACUUCAGAGCAGUGGCGACAGGAGAUCAGGAAGAAAGAAACAAAGCCGAUCAGUGGGAAAGAAAGUCCCGGGAGACUCAAGUUCAGAAAGAGACCUUAG